CGACUGGCGCAGUGCUGCUGACUAGCUAGCUAGCUAGCCGCACCAGGGUUGCUCAUCAUGGCUGCCUCCAAGCCAGUCGAGCCGCAGUCGGGCACCGGCCUCCCCCGUUGGCAGCUGGCUCUGCUGGUCGGCGCGCCCAUAGUGCUCGGGGUGGGAGCUGUGUAUCUAUGGAACCGCAGUAGGGGCAAGGGACGGCUAGGAAAAAGCAGCGGCGAGCGGAUAACACCGGAAGGCAGCGCCAGUCCGGAGGAGGGCCAAGACGGCUCCUCGCGAGCCAACCGGGAGCUGGAGAACUUGAGUCCUUUGGAUCGUGCCCAAGCGGCAAAGAACAAAGGCAACAAAUACUUUAAGGCAGCCAAGUACGAGAACGCCAUCCAGUGUUACACAGAGGCCAUUGCGCUCUGCCCCACCGAACAGAAGAGCGACCUGUCGACGUUCUAUCAGAACCGAGCGGCGGCGUAUGAGCAGCAGAUGAAAUGGACUGAGGUGGUGCAAGAUUGCUCAGAGGCGGUAAAGCUCAACCCACGUUACAUAAAAGCUCUCUUCAGGAGGGCCAAAGCUCUUGAGAAACUGGACAAUAAGAAAGAAUGCCUGGAAGAUGUCACCGCCGUGUGUAUCCUGGAGGCCUUCCAGAACCAGCAGAGCAUGUUACUGGCAGACAAAGUGCUCAAGCAGCUGGGAAAGGAGAAGGCCAAAGACAAAUACAAGAACCGAGAGCCGAUGAUGCCUUCUCCCCAGUUCAUCAAAUCCUACUUUGGUUCUUUCACCGAUGACAUCAUUUCGCAGCCGCUGCAGAAGGGCGAGAAGAAAGAUGAAGACAAGGAUAAUGAGGGCGAGGCCUCCGAGGUCACGGCUAGUUCGGGCUACCUGAAGGCCAAGCACUACAUGGAUGAGGAGAACUACGACAAAAUCAUCAGCGAAUGCACUAAGGAGGUGGACUCGGAGGGCCGCUACAUGGCUGAGGCGCUGCUCCUGCGCGCCACCUUUUACCUGUUAAUUGGCAACGCCACCGCCGCUCAGCCCGACUUGGACCGCGUCAUCAACAUGCAGGAAGCCAACGUCAAGCUGCGGGCCAAUGCCCUCAUCAAGCGUGGGAGCAUGUACAUGCAGCAACAGCAACCAUUGCUUUCCACACAGGACUUCAACAUGGCAGCAGAGAUCGACACACGCAAUCCCGAUGUGUACCAUCACAGGGGGCAGCUUAAGAUCCUGCUGGACCAAGUGGACGAAGCUGUAGGAGACUUUGACGAAUGCAUCUUGCUCAGACCUGACUCUGCUCUCGCCCAGGCUCAGAAGUGCUUCGCUCUGUACAGACAAGCAUACACCGGGAACCACCCAUCACAAGUCCAGAUAGCCAUGGAUGGUUUCGAGGAUGUUAUCAGAAGGUUUCCCAAGUGUGCUGAGGGCUACGCACUAUAUGCUCAGGCUUUAACCGAUCAGCAACAGUUCGGAAAGGCAGACGAGAUGUACGACAAGUGUAUUGAACUGGAACCAGACAACGCCACUACAUAUGUUCACAAAGGACUGUUACAGCUCCAGUGGAAACAAGACCUGGACUUGGGCCUGGACCUCAUCAGCAAAGCCAUUGAAAUUGACAACAAAUGUGACUUUGCUUACGAAACAAUGGGAACAAUCGAAGUUCAAAGGGGUAAUCUGGACAAGGCAAUUGAAAUGUUCAACAAGGCUAUCAACUUGGCAAAAUCGGAGAUGGAGAUGGCCCACUUGUACUCUCUGUGCGACGCGGCGUACGCUCAGACGGAGGUAGCCAGGAAGUACGGCCUCAAGCCCCCGACGCUGUAACUCCCCCGCCAAACUGAGGGAUGGUUAUUCUCCAAUCGUCACUGUGUUAAACUUUGCAUCCAUUUGUUCAAGCAAGGAAAAAAAGUUCUGAGUUACAAUGUUAAAAAAAUAAAGAAGAGCCCUUCUGGAAAUAUAUACAGCAUCGUGUUUACGUUCUAUUUGAAAAAGGGUUUGGAAUGCUUACUUUUGUUUUCACAAUGUGUCACAUGCACAGGAAUGACAUUGUAUGCUUGUACAAAUGACAAUUACUGCAAUGAAAAGAGGACUUGUGGCUGUUCGUUGACAUUGACAGACAAUACUGUGAGAGCAAGUUUAUGUAUCAAGUACAAGUACAGUUCAAUAUGUACCGAUAUCAGUUGAAAAUUAAAACCACGUAGCCAAAUGUGUAAUGUCUGUGUUUGUGAUAAGGGGGCUUGAUUGAUGGAUAAUAGGUCUGUAUUUGGGAAGCAGGGAAUCUUAUUAUUUUAUUUUUUUUAACAUUGAAUUACCUGUUUUUUCGUUUUCUACAAUUUGUGCAGCAUGUUGACUUUGUCAUGUAAAUGCAAUGCCCGUGCUGUUUGAAUAAGAGACAAAUCUUUGCUAUCAGGCUGACCCAAACGCCUCCUUUUUAUAGCACUUACAUGACUCACAUCUCUGGUAGUUUUAUUUUUGUUUUUGUCAAAGAAAACUGGCUUUAUUUCAUUUUCACCUCUGGGUGGUUUAUUUUAAAAUCAUUACCUGAGCCUUUUUGUCUUUUUUUUUCUCAUUUGACAGACUGGCAAAAAUCUUUAGGAAUGGCAACUUUUUAAGACCGCCACUUUGAUUUUGACUGACAAAUUCCUGACAUUUUUCAUCGAUACAUAUGGUGACCAAAGUGAAAUAGAAUUUAAAUCUGAAUAAAGUUAUGAUUCCUGGAAAGACAGGUGU